GUAAUUUCAAGCAUGCAUGUUAAUCCCACCUCCGGAUCGUCUUUCUCAAUAAGCUUCCCAGUUUAUUACGGACAACUGCCAACGCUUGCUCAGGAUGACCGGCCUUGGUCCCUUAACAACGACUUUAAUUCCUCCCCCAUCCUGCGCCUCGUCUUUCGCAAACGUUUAUAUCACCACAGAUCCGGGAGGAACGGGGGGUUUCGGUGGCCCCGUUGGCACCGAUAGGUGUUUUCCAAGUAAUUAUCAAGACAUUCGUUUCUACCAUUAUUCACCUAGAAUUUGCCCAAGUGGACAUACUACGGCCUGCUGGACCUCGAAUGUGAUUACUUCUCUUACUGAGACCACAGUGGCUUGCUGUCUUGACUUUGGCCUUUUGUAUUUCUAUGCCCCUACAUACACAGGGCCACCAGUCAUAUGGAAGAAUUCCUACAGAGGGUGCGCGUCUGCUUUCAGUAGCCUCUCCGCCGACCCAACUUGGGCUUCUAAUGGAGACACUUUUACAUUCACCUACAACAAUAGUGGUGACUUUAACGCCUUUGGCGUGCAAGUUAGAUUCCAGUCUUCUGAUAUAGCUGGCGUAACUUCGUCGUCGACAACCCAAUCGCCAUCGCUAACGACCACCUCCACCUCCACCACGUCUACCACUUCAUCUACACCCAGCAGGACUAGUGGUGGUGAGGGUCUAAACCGGGGCGCAUCUUGCUGGGAUAGGAGUUGGCGCUGCUCUCGGGGUCCUUCUCGUCGCUGGCGCAGGUCUGUGUACCGGCCAGUGCGAGAAAAGAGGGAGGCACGGGCAGAGAGCUGAAGCACCCCGCAUUCCCAGCCAGCGAACUCGAGCAACAUGGACGAUUGGGAUGGCCAUCGGAACUCACUAGAGAAUCGAGACUGCACGAGCUUGAGGCAUCUAUGCA